AUGAGUGAAGUACAACCGGAGGACUCGGUUAGCCAGAGUGGCAGAAGUACUGCUGUUAGUUCCAGUGCCAGAGUAAAGACACUAGCAAAGAAGGCGUUCCUCAAAGCUGAGGUGGAGGCUCUUAGACAGCACCAGGAGUUAGAGCUUGAAGAGUUGAGGCUCAAGCAGAGGAAAGCUGAGUUGGAGCUGAAGACAAAGCUCAGAGUAAUGGAAGCAGAGGAGCUUGUCUAUCGCCUGUAUGAAGAUGAUCUUUUCAAGGCUAGUGAAGGAGAUGAGGUUACCUUCAAGCCUCAGUCUGUCAAUGAUGACAGCACAUUGCCAUAUCCUGCAACGGAUACACCUCAGAAGCAGAACAUUGACGUUGAGGUAUCAAGAGCACCUGAGUCAACGCCAAAGGUCAGUGAUGAGUCAAACAGAGAAUCCAGAGAUCAUUUGGACUACGAGAUCUUAGGUCAUUUGAGGCAGGGCCAAAUGCAACAACAGCAGCUUCUUGAAUCCAUAAAUUUGCCAAGUGCCGAACUAAUGAAAUUUGAUGGUGACCCAUUAAAAUAUUAUGAGUUUGUACAAUCAUACGACUGUAUGAUUGGGGACACGUCAUUGUCCAGUAGUGGCAAACUCAUGAGACUGUUUCACUGUUGUGAAGGAGCAGCAAAGAAACUCAUCCAAUGCUGCAUGAUGAUGUCACCGGAUCAAGGGUACCUAAGAGCUAGGGGGCUCCUUGCUGAGAGGUUUGGUGACACUCACAAGAUUGAAGAAGCCUGGUUGAGGAAAGUUACGGACGGCCCAGCUGUACUAAACAACUGCAAGCAGCUGCGGGAUUUUGCCGAUGAGCUGCAGACCUGUACAGAGACCCUCAAGGCAAUGGGUGUGCUCCAGGAAUUGAGUACCCAGAGAGAAUUAGUGAAGCUGAUCGAAAGAUUGCCCUACCAGUUGAGGAGUCGGUGGCUUGGCCAAGUGAAGAGAAUCCGUGAUACCGGAAGGUCACCUGUAAUCUUUGAUGUUGUUCGAUUUGUGAACGAUGCUGCUGAAGAGAUCAAUGAUCCCGUCUACGGAGCUCUAGUUCAGGGAGGAUGGAAAGAAGGACGCAGUUUCAAGGCCAAAGACAAGGAUAAGGUUUCGAUUCCAAACCGAUACCACUCUUCCAAAGGAAACUUCUCAGCAUCGCUCAGUCCUCAGAAGUGUGCUCUCUGCCAUGCUGAUCAUGGAUUGUUUGGUUGUCAGCGGUUCAAGGAUAUGAAUCCUGAGCAACGUUUCCACUUUGCUCGUGAACAGAGACUCUGCUUCAAUUGUCUACAGCCAGGGCAUAUGUCCUUUAAGUGCACCUUGAACAGGACCUGUUCAGUGAAGGGUUGCAAACAGAAGCACACAAAGUUUCUGCAUACCGGGAAGCAGAUGAUGUUUAGCCGUGGAGAUAGGAAUUCUUCUUCCAAGAAAGCAGAGAGAGAUAGUGGUCAAUCCAACUCUAUGACCCAGACUGAUGACAGAGCUUCCGGCAGUGAAGCUUCCUCUUCGCAUGCAAGCAGUAAUGCCACGGGGGCCGGAAGGUAUAGAGUUGCUCUUCCUAUAGUACCAGUGAGGGUACGAGCAGCUGAUGGCGAUACAGUUGUAGAGACAUUUGCACUUCUCGAUUCAGGAUCGACAAAUUCAUUUUGCCUGAAGGAUUUGGUGGAUGAGCUGCAAGUUAAAGGCAAAAGCAAGAUCCUGUCUGUCUCUACCUUGGAGAAACGAAAUAGCCGGAUAAGAUGUGAAGCAGUGAACCUCAAAGUCAUGGGACUUGCCGCACAAUCUGAGCUUGACGUGGAGGUUCACACACGUCCCAGUUUGAAUAUCAGCAUUGCUAAUAUGGCAGCAGAGGCAGAUCUAGCUAAGACUCCACAUUUACAAGGUCUUAAUCUUCCAGUCGUCAGUAGAAGCCAGGUCACAUUGCUGAUAGGUCAAGAUGUUCCUGAGGCGUUGAUGCCCCUUGAGGUAAAAGCAGGUAGACCUGGAGAGAUGUAUGCUGUAAGGACAGUUCUAGGAUGGACAUUGAAUGGACCCCUAGGAGACAGAGAAGGUCGAGAUAAUAUCCAAGUCUCAACAAGCUUUAUCUCAGACGAUAGUAAUGCUGGUUUGGAGGAACAGGUGAAGAAAUUCUGGAAGCUAGAAGGAAUGGAAUACCUGUAUGAUGAUAAUAGAGGAGUGUCAGUAAAUGACAAGAAGGUAUCUGAGUUCUGGAAGAAAGAGAUUAGCAUGGACAACGGUCACUAUCAACUGCCUAUUCCCUUUAGAGAAGAGAACCCAAAUUUGCCUGAGAAUCGCUACAUGGCAGAACAGCGAUUAGAGUCACUGAGGAGAAAACUCAGCAAGGAUGAUUACUUUAUGGGUAAAUACAAGGAAGGGAUGUCCAGCCUUUUGGAGAAAGGAUAUGCUGAAGAAGUAUGUGUAGACAACACAACUGAAGUCCAGAUUCAGGACAGACAAAAGAAAUGGUAUCUUCCUCACCAUCCUGUUAUCAAUCCCAAGAAACCAGGAAAGGUACGCAUAGUCUUCGACUGUGCAGCUAAGUGUAAAGGAGUAGCUCUCAAUGAUGCUGUAUUGCAGGGUCCUUAUCUUACCAACAAACUGACAGGAGUACUCCUGACAAAUGGAACUGAGAGAUAUUCCAGCCACGUUUGA